AUGCGCUCAGACGCCGGCGUGCGCACCUUGCCUAGGACACCCAGACAACAACAGGUACAUUCAGUGCGCUCAGAAGGCAGCGUGCACACCUUGCCCAGGACACCCACAGAAUGGCAGCGCGAACCCAAGUCAACACCCACCCCAAAAGUCCCGUUGCCCUCAGACUCAGUCAAAAAGCAAGCCGAGGGCCAGGCCAAGGUCCCAGAGAAACUAACAGAUAAUUGCAAAGACUUUUUCUUCUCUGCCAUGGGGAUUCUGAAGAUCAUAAGGAUGUGUCUUAUCACAGCAGCAGCAGUCUGCUUCAUCAAUGGCCAUGCCCAUGAUGUGUUUAUAGCCAUCACAAUUCAGGAAAUCUGCAUCAGCCUAUUUUUCAUCAUCUCAUAUAUGGUAACCCUUCAACACUUGCUGAGCUGCUUACAUUGGCCUUUACUUGAUCUUAUCAACAGUAUCAUUUCAGCUAUAUUCCUUUCAGUAGUUGGCAUCGUGACAAUUCAAGAAAAAGGAAGAAGGCAUUUGCUCUAUGUUGGAGGGAUCCUGUGCCUCACAGCGGCAAUCCUGUGUGUCAUCGACGGCUCAGUGGCCGUCAAGAAGAUGAUGGAAAGAAAGAACGAGGCCCCGGGAACAGAGAGCAAGCCCUCCGAGAUCAAGGUGGACUUGGCCAGUGGGCCCCCAGACCUCCAGGCAUCCAGAGAACAAGCGCGGUCUGUGUAA